AAUAAUAUUAUUAAGAUUUAUCUAAUUUAGAACUGAUAGUAUCAAGCCAUUUGUAAUAUUAUUAAAACAUCUAGGCCCAAACUGAAGUCAGUGAUGUCUACUCAAAAAGAACCUGAAACAGAUCCUGCGAAGGUAGAGAGGACAGGAACCGUUCGUGAAGUUGGAAAUAAAGCAAUUUGGAGCUUAUCUUCUUGUAAACCUGGUUUUGGCGUUGAUCAAAUAAGAGAUGAUUGUAUUGACACAUAUUGGCAGUCUGAUGGACAAUUACCACAUCUUGUUAAUAUACAGUUUUUAAAGAAGACUUUAGUUUGUCACAUAUACAUAUACACUGAUUAUAAGCUGGAUGAGAGCUACACGCCUAGUCGCAUUUCUAUAAGAGCAGGAACACACUUCAAUGAUUUGCAGGAAGUUGAAAUUAUUGAAUUAUCAGAACCUACAGGUUGGGUAGUAGUGCCGAUCAAAGAUGCCGAGGAUCGUCCAAUUAAAACUUUUAUGCUUCAAAUUGCUGUGGUCAGUAAUCACCAAAACGGCAGGGAUACUCAUAUGAGACAGGUUCGAGUGCAUGCUCCUUUAGAUCCAUAUGGCAGUCUAAGCGGAACUGAUAAUCCUACAUCAGAAGUUUUCAAACCAUUUAUGACAAUAAGAUAGCUAAUUUGGUUUAUAUAGACUAUAAUUUCACAGUUUAAUUUUAUUUCGAAUGCCAUACAAUAUAAUCUAAUUCUUGCGAAAGCUUGGUUUAAUAGAUACUUAUAUAAACCACAUAGAUUUAAAAGUACAGCAAAAAUAUGUUUCAAACUUAAAGCUUACAUUCUACAUAAAAUCGAUGAAGUGUAAUUCACA